AUGAAGCAGAAUGCUGCAGUUCUCCUAGUACCAGGAGUCAGAGUCCCAUUCAGGCAUUCACCUAAUGACUUCCAGACAUCGCACCGGGUGUUCGGUUCCCAGACGGCCCUCAUCGGUAUUGGUCUGAUAGUCUCACUAUCCGCAUGGCUUAUUCGGUCGGUCGCAGGGAAGCGAAGACUGGCGGUGCCCACCUGGCAUGAUGUCCAUUUCCUGAACAUGUGCCCAGUGUGUCGCCAUUUGUUGAACACACGCCUCACGAGCGCGCAGACGUCCAUGGGGGACGACAGCCCCGAGAGAGCGGGUUCCCUCUCUGAGUAUCCGCUCUCCGGUGUCGAAACUGCGGCCGCACGCCAGCAGCACUGGGGCUGGACGUUCUUCCUCUUCGCAUCAUGCAUAUCCGUCCUAGCAUCCGUUGUGAAUGUCUCGCUCCUCUCCGCGGCCCACGCCUACCACACGUUCUCGAGCCCGGUCAAGACGCCGAGCGUGUACAUGGGCCUGGAGUCCCUCCAGCGCGAUCCCGCAAGAGGGUGUCGCAGCCGCACAACGUUUCCACAGUCCUUUGCGACGUUCCACGACGACGACGUGCAGCAGAUGACACCGGUGCACGCCCCGGACGACAAGACGUCUAUCGCAUUUGGAGGGAAGAUAUCCGCGCACGCCACAUUCUAUGUGCCGGACUACGGACUCGAGAAUUGCACUAUGAGCGUAAAGAACGUUGAGCGGCCGCCAUCGCCCCCUGAUGCCGUACAGGAUGGCGACGUCGAGAUAUGGAUGCUCCCUGAGAAAGGCAGGCUCGCCGACAAAGUGUACAUCGACACCCUUCGUUUUUCUCCCGGAGUCGAAAGCACCUCUCGGCCGUUCUUCUGUCGCUCCCGUUCGCGAAUGUUCUUCCAGUGGGUUUGCCCACAGAAAGUAUGUCACAUCCACUACUCCAUUGAGGGGGUAACAACGAUGAGUUGGAUCAGUAUGAGUCAAUAG